AGCCUCUGUAAAAUUCAAAGUAUAUUGGGGCUUUUUGAAGUGACGUUCGAGGGCCAAGGUGCUAGGGAUGCACCUCAUAACCUGGUACCGGCCGAGAAGGGGGAGGGCUGCUUGGUAGGAUAUAUAGCAACUGGCAUCUCUCCCUCUUGAGAUUUCUUGUAGAGACACACAAGUUCUGUCGUUAACUUCCUAUCCUCAGUCCAGUCAGUGCAGUUUCUGGUUCUCAAUAGACCAUCGGGGUUCCCUUGCAUAGUCUACAUACACUCAUUCACUCCAGUAAACCCAUCUCGAGCAAAAUGUACGUCUUCGCCGCCCUCACUUUUGCUUCCGCGGCCCUUGCGGUGCCCUUCCCUCUUAGAAGGGCAUACGGAACGGGUGUGCCAUCUUACCCGGCUGUCCCUAUACCCGUUCCUACAUUUCCUGGCACUGCACCGACUGGCGGAUCGACAGCCUUGCCAACCGUGGUUGAUCCUACAACGUCGUCGUCGUACCAUGUUACCGUCACGUAUGCGACGAGCUCUUCGGUUCUCACGUCCGCAGUGCCAUUCCCAACAAGUUCCCUAGAGACAUAUGUCUCAUCGCUAUCUUCACCUCUCCCUAUUUCUCAGCCGGAGCCCACGCCGUCUGUGUCUCAGCCAGCCGAUGCAUCCUCUUCAUCCCCAACGUUUCCGGCAUCUUUCCCGACGUUCCCCGGAACUGCCUCGGGAACUACACCAGGAACCGUACCUACUGGUAGUUUCCCCCAGCAGCCGGCUACCUCCCAGUACUCCGUGAGCGUUAGCUACUCCCGGACCAACCCUGGCUACCCAGUUGCCACGCCCAACUAAGCUAUACGUCUACAAUGAGAAGACACGCGGCACGCCCCCCCUCGGAAAAGAAAGGAAAAAUUUGAUUCGCAAGAUCGAAAAUGGCCCUCUACCGCAUCAUGAAUCUUCGUUUCUACGCCAAUUUAUUUCGUACGACUUGACUUGUCGCCUCGUGCCGCUCAGGGAAAGGGGUGCGAGGAUUUAGAUCAACUAGGCUGGCUCAAGACCGCCGCUGGAGAUCGAUGAUAGCGCUAAAUGCGCGGUUUGGUGA